CGACAAGGAGAUGCCAAGGAAGAAUAACAGUGAACUUCGAACUCAACUGGAGGGGAAUUAUGGCUCUUGAGAGUAAACAGGGUUCAUAUAUUUUACACUGAUAUUAACUUGACGUGGCUUGAUGUGUUGAUAUAUGUAAUAUAGCCAUGUCUUUAUCUGAACCUUCACAUUUUACUUCGGUAUUUGGAUAUUUUUCAAUACACACAACUGUCAAAGCAGCUAUGAAUGUGACUGUGCUUUGUUUGUGUGUACAGCAUGGGCAAACUUGAUUUGCUUCUUUCAAUACGGAGAAGUGAGAAGAUGAUAUUAGGCAUGUGUGAAGAUCUGCCUGAUGUUUCAUAUUCCGGUAUAAUCUCAACUGAAUCGGAAGAUACCAUGAGGUUUGUUGAUAGCCAAAACAAUGUUGAUGUUGACAUUUUAAAAUCGCGUCUAAAAGAGACAGCACACCAUUGCUUCAAUAGCAGCAAUGGUGCCAAUGGUAGUAAAAGACUUCUAUCAGAUAACAACAGUUCAAAAGAGUUAAAUGUAAGUUGCAGUUCAGAAGAGGGAUGUAAUGGAUGUGAUUUAGAUGAAUCUGAUUGCAAGCGGUUGAAUAGCUCUUCUUCACUUUCUGAUGCAGAGAACAUAUCAUCACACUCAAAUGAUAAUUAUCAGUCUUAUUGUGAGACUGGGUUAGAUCCAGGUGUAAGACUGAAAUCUGGACUUGUUAUCACGCCGAUCACUCUGACACAAGAUGUCCCGCUGGACAUCAACGAGGGGUCAAAUAAUCGAUUGUCUACAGUUCUGCAAAACAUUCAGUUACCGCUUGUGUACAUUCCUACAACUCGACAACUAGUCACCAAUAAGAAGGGAAUAGAAAAAAGCCAAGGAGAUGCCAGCUCAACUGGUGCACCUGAAGAAUCUUUUUCGGGUGCAGGCAAUUCAGUCACGUUAUCUGAAUAUGACAGUAACCAAAGCACAUCAACUGAAACUAUACUCAAUAUUGAUGACAUUGACCAAAACUCAGAGAUAUUAAAGCAAACUAAUAUAGAGACAGGAAGUUUAGGGGAAACUGAUUCUUUAUUGAGAUUAAAAGAACCUGACCAGCUAACAUGUAGUAGUUUGGAUCUGGACUCUGGGAUCCACAGGGUAUAUACUGGAGAUUCUCUACUCCGAACAUUUAAUGAUGCCUCCAGUCUUUCUAGUCUUAGCACUUGUACAGAUUUUUCAGUGUCCGCUGCCUCCAUAGAUGAUGGUGAAGGGACAGGACUUUGUAUAGACACCGGAGAUGGAGGAUUUAUGGAAAUCAAUCUCCAUUCUAGAAAUUCAUUUGAACGUUGUAAAAAUGGCUCUCAAGAUAGUGGAAUUGACGACAGAGGUGCUAAACCGAAGCGGAAAGGCAUUUCAGGAUUUUUAUCAAGAAAUAUAUUUUCACGGAAACCUAAAGACCUAGAGCCUGAGUCUGAACAACAGGGAUGGAAGCUGUUUGGGCGAGUGACACCGAAGCAGGUGCCUUCUAAAGACCCCCAGCAGAUCUCUCACGAGUUCCAAUCCAAACAGCGGGAAGGUCAGAACCCUUCAUGCAAGACAGGAAAGAAACAGGACAUUGAGGUCAUGUCAACCACAGCCCUGAUACUCGAAAACAGACCCAUGAACCUGCCUACUAAAGACCCUGAGGAGGCGGAGAGACAUCGGCAGCAGUAUGAGACAAUGAUUGAGGCAGCCAAGAAAAAAGAACAAAGAGAUAUCAAAAUGAAGAGAAAACAACAAAUACAGCAAAUUAAACAAGAGGACCAGUUACUAGCAGCAGCAAAGAAAUGGAGCAACGAAAUUCUGCCCAACUGGGAUUCAGCGAAAACGACCAAGAAAACCAGGGAACUUUGGUGGCUGGGGAUCCCUCCCAUGGUACGAGGGAAGGUGUGGAAACUGGCCAUUGGCAACGACCUAAAUCUUACACAGGAACUCUAUGAGAUUUGUGAAAGUCGUGCAGAAGACAGAAUUCGGCUGACGCUGACAGCCUGCGACUCAGGAGAGAUAUAUGGUACCUCUGAGACCUCAUCUGAGCCUCCGUCCAGUAAAGAGUCCAGUGUUGAACUCAUCAAGCUUGACGUAUCACGAACAUUCCCUCCACUCUGUAUAUUUCAAAAGGGUGGACCAUAUCACGACCUGUUGCACAGCCUUCUUGGUGCUUAUGCCUGCUACCGGCCUGACGUGGGUUAUGUACAGGGUAUGUCUUUCAUCGCAGCAGUACUUCUACUCAACAUGGAUGUAGCUGAUGCCUUUCUGGUUUUUGCCAAUCUCCUUAACCGCCCCUGUCAAGUGGCCUUCUUUAGGAUAGAUGAGGAAAUGAUGAAGUCCUACUUUCAAACAUAUGAGGAUUUCUUCCGUGAAAAUAUGCCUUCACUGCACCGCCAUUUUGUAAAGAAUGUUGUGACUCCAGACCUGUACAUUAUAGACUGGAUAUUUACACUGUUCAGUAAGUCUCUCCCCCUGGAUGUGGCCUGUAGAGUGUGGGACAUGUUCUGUCGCGAUGGAGAGGAGUUCCUGUUCCGCACCGCACUAGGUAUCCUGAAGAUGUACGAGAACAAUUUGAUACACAAUGACUUCAUACACUGUGUGCAGUUCCUCACCAAACUGCCCGAGACACUAUGUGCUGAUACGCUCUUCAGGAAUAUAGACUCUGUCCGAAUGAACAUAGACAAGAAAAGGUUCACACAAAUUCUGGCUGGGAACAAAGAGCAGAAGGAAAUGACAUGAUCUCUGGGCUCACUAGGGGAACUGAAUGACACCACAGAGAGAGAAAGAAAGAGAUUCAAACAAAGUGUGAUAAACGUGUCCUGUCAGGAACUGGUGACGUCUAGUGUGACUGGCUUUGAACAUGUGAUAUUUUUGUUUGUUGAGGGGGAAAUCAAGUGAUUUUUUGAAUGGAGAAAAUGAAAUUUUAUCAAGAAUGAUGUGUGAAAGGAAGACCAUUAAGGACAGUGAAUGAUUGUCAAAAUAAUUUGUUAACGAACUGUUGGAUGAGAUUAAUAUACAGUCUACAGGAUACAUAUCGUGUAUAUUGUUACUAAGGAUGUAAAACUUAGUUUGUAUUAAAUACAUUCUGUAUGAGUUGAUUCGGCCAGGUGCUGGAGGGGACUCUAAAAGGACACUGAUGUGAGCACAAUGUAGAUGUAUUACCCUAAAAGAGAGAAACAGUCUGAUAUUCUUUGUUUAAUAUGACUGUCUAGAGUGUGUGAUUAUUGACUGAUCAUGGUACAUACGAACAACCAGGGAAUAAUACAGUGGGUAUUUUAAUCUUUGUAUAUCAUGUUGGAAUUAAUUUGCAAAGAACAAUGAAUAUGUUUAAAGAUUGCAUUAGACAUACACAUUACCUCAAUAUCUGCACCAAUAUUUUCCACAAUUAAUUGUACAUGCUCAAACAUUUUGCAAUUGUACAAAGUAUAUUGAUGGCAAAAAAAUCCUUCCCUUCCUAAAAAUUUCAUUAUAAAGAGCAAUGUUAUUCCCUGUUUGCUUAUAAUAUAUUAUUCUGUUCAUUUCGUUUAGAUAUUGUAAUGAUUUGUAGCAGGGGUGUAAGAUUGGUUACUUGAUUUGAAAUUUAUGAUUUGGUGUGUUUUGUUAUGAAGCACCUUUAAUAUUCAGUGUUUUAUCUCCACAGUUGAAUUCCUUACACUGAAAUGUUUGAAAGUCAUGCUGGUUAUGAUUUUUUCGGCUUGCAGUGUGCUCAGAUAUUUAUCAGUGUGUUGUUUAUCUGUUGUAUGUGUGAUACCUUGUUGCCAUACUCAUGAGCAUAAUACGUCGGUGAUGAAGCUGGUCUUCUCUGGUCUGUAACUAAACAAACUUUUAUCUGGUUUUCUCAUGUCUAUAACUAAAACUGCAACCUGAUUUUCACGUGUCUAUUACCAAAACACUGUCAGCUAGUUUUCUUGUGUCUGUCACUAUUAGCUGGUUUUCUCAUGUCUAUUACUAAAACACUAGUAUCUGGGUUUCUCAUGUCUAUUCUCGUGUCUAUUACUAAAACACUAUUAGUAUCAU